UUGACGAUGCACGGAACCCUCACGGAGUUUAUCGGGAGCGCGUCUCCAAGUGCGUGAGUGCGUAAAGGUGCAGAUUGGCCGGAAUAAGACACCUGUCGUUAAAGGUGGGACAACGUCAGCACGAAGGGGUUCACCGGUACCGACGCCAAACCGCAGGACGAACACGCCCCCCUGAACACCUCCCAGCUCUAUAUAAGACGGCCGAGGGUCCAGAUGAUAAGAGGUCUCUCUCAAGACGAGCCCGGCCAUGCGGUGUAAAGUCCUCGCCGUGUUUGUCCUCCUGACUCUCGUAAAGCGCGCGUCUCCAAGUGAAAUACAGGUCAGCCCAAAUGCAAACGCCACGCUGCCCUGCAACGUGACGCUGCCCCUCUUCCUCGACGGGCACAAAGUGGACCCGUCCCUCCUCUCGGCCCUCUGGACGAGCAACGGCUCCGACGUCGCCUCGAUCGGAGAAGCGCCGUCGCAAAUCAAGGACGGCUUCAGUUGGGACGACGGGGGCGUUGUCAGCGGGGACUUCUCGCUGACCGUCCUCGGAGCCCGUCUCGGCCUGCAGGGGGUGUACGAAUGCACCGUCAGCUACAACUCCACGACGCUGCACUCCAGCAACGCCACCCUGAGUGUCCUCGCGUCCCCCACUCUGUCCGUCCCUCAGCAGUGGGUGGUGUUGGAAACGGAGAGUCGGCUUGAAUGCCACGCAGGCGGCUUCUACCCUCCUCCCGUCUCUUUCUCCUGGACCAGGGACGGACGCGUGAUCCAGCCGGCCUCCUUUGUGGAAGGCAGACGGACUCCAGAUGGGUACUACGCGGCCGUGGGAAACCUCACCUUCUACCCGUCCCGCCGGGACCAGAACUCCACCUUCGGCUGCAGAGUGUCCCACAAAGGCGCCGAUCAAGACCUGGAUUUCCGACUCAACGUCACAUACACUCCUUCCGUUAGACUCUCCGCUCUGCCUCGGGCCUCCGAAAGCAUUCCUCUCACCCUUUACUGCGAUCUGGAGAGUUUCUACCCAAAAGAGGUCUCUGUGAGCUGGCUGCAGAACCGCACCGUCCUCCCGGAGCCCCCCGUCACCGAGCAGAACCCGGACGGGACCUACAGAACCCGGCGCUACUACACCUUGAGCCCCGAACAGCAAGAGCAGGGCGGGAAGGUGGAGUGUGCGGUCAACCAACCCGGCGUGGUGCACCCGGUCGGGGGCUCGGCGUACCUCGAGGAACUGGCCCCCCGAGAUGAGACCCCCGUGUUGACGAAAUCCGCCAAAGCCUCCGUGGCCAUGAUGUCCAUUUCUAUUGUGCUGGUCUUCCUGCUCUGCUUUGGCUUUUCGUGGAGGAGAAGGGACGAGAAACUGAAGUCUCUCAACGUGUCCGGGAUCAUCCUCCCCCCGCGCCUGAUCGUUGGUCAGAAGGGCCGAGUGACGGUGAGCAUCGAGGGCAGGAUGGUGGACCGAGUCCAGACUGCGUGGUUCCUCAAUGACAGCCCCAUCUCCGACACGUCCCUCACAGGAAGCUCCACAGCUAACUUUAACUGCCUCUAUAACCCCCUAACCACCAUCCAUCUGCCCUACGGUCUAACCCUCACCUCCCCAGCGACGGAGAGAGGCCGCCUGCUGCCUUCCACGGGCGAGAUGGGUUACUACCGGCUGCGCACUCAGGGGCCGCUGCACUCCUCCGGGACCGGCACUCCGCAGCUGAUCUCCUCGCUCACUUUCAUUCCCCGGAUUUCCAUCCACAAGGCGGCGGUGUUUAAGUGCGAGGUGUCCUACGUGGGCAAAGACAAGAUCGUGGUGAGGAGGGUGUCCGAGAAGUUCACCAUCCUGUCUGCUCCGGAAGUAUCAGAAAUCCAGCUGCUGGAGACCCCAGAUAACCCUGAUGUCAUCAGCAUGACCGUCAAGGCGUCACAUUUCCACCCGGACGUCAUAACCUUCCGCUGGUUCUGCCAGGGGAGUGAGCUGAGCCCUGUGGCCUCGCAGGCCUCGUCCUCCCCCCGACCCGACUCCGAAGGCUUCUUUUCGGCCUUCAGCCAGUGCAAACUGCCCAUCAGUGAACUGGAAAAGGGAGGCACCAAAGUGUGGGUCAGUGUCCACCACGUCGCCCUGAAGCAGCCGGCCACUCGCGAGACCAGAGGAUUCAUCAAACGGCCGCGCGUGUCCGAAAUCGUUGGCUCGGGUUCCUCCCCGGGCCAGGCUUCGACCCUCGGGUGUGAAAUCACAGAUUUCUACCCUCCGAACGUAACGGUCACCUGGCUGAUGCUCAGAGAGGGGGAGCAGGAUGACGGCGAGCAGGAGGUGCUGGAGGGAGGAGAGGUGUGGGGCCCCGUGCAGACUCAUCCCAGAGUCUACAGGGCCACGGCCACUCUGAGGAGACACGCUACCGGCCGGCAGAGGAAGCCCAGAGGAGGAGGAGGAGGAGGAGGGAUUGUUUGUAGAGUGGAGCACUGCUCCCUGCUGGAGCCUCUUGAGAAACACUGGAGAAACGUUGACCUCGUUGCUCCCUCCAUUCCUCCCUCCAUCUCGGUCUGCUGGAGCAGCGAAGGGGUCGGUGUGUUCUCCCUCCUGUUGAAGGGGGGUCACCCCAAGGUCAAAUUGCUGUGGGCGGCGGGAGGACCCACGCUCUCCCCGUUGGUCUCCGUCGAGACGGAGGAGAUAGGAGAUGACGGACGGAGGGAGCUGAAGAGCGUGUGCGCCCUGGAGAGGUCGACCAGCGCGCCGAGCCCGACAAACAAACCGCUGGAGACCCGGGAGAACGGACACGCUAUAAAAACCAGAGCUGCCGUCACAGACCCCGAAGCUGAAGGAAUAGAAUACAUAGACGAAAAAGACGGCGAGAGCUACUACAACAACAACCAAGUCGGCGGAGGCGAGGAAACCAAGUCGGCGGCGGAUGAGGAGAGCGAGGAAGCAGGAGAGGAAGCAGGAGAGGAAGCAGGAGAGGGAGCCCCCGGGGCGCUGCACAUCAACAGAGUCGUCCUGGGGAAGGGCGGCGGGGAAAAGGGGCGAGCCCGCCUGAGGGUCUGCGUGGAGAUCACGCACGCCGCACUGCAGCUUCCCGUCUAUCGGACCUGGACAGAGCCCAGUGAGGAAAUUUCCUCUUCCGCAUGAAGACCUUGACGUGUGCAAGAGUCCUUCUAUUUCAUAUAUAUCUAAUAUGCCUCGACAGUAGAUGAAAGUAAAGCUUUUAGGAGAUCCAACUUUUUACAUUAUUUAUUACCUCAUGUUCUUAAUCUGUUAUUACUGUGUCUUGCUAAUUCAUGAUAUUUACAAAUGGUGAUAUCUUUGUACAAAGAAUUUUACAGUAACAAUCCAGUUUUGUGGAUUUCUUUUUUUAAAUCUACUGUGGAAAAAAUAAAAUCAAGAUGCACACUA